AUGGAGCAGCAUUACGACGAGCUUUACAAAGUGGUUCUAGUUGGUGAUCCAGGAGUCGGCAAGACUAAUCUACUUGCCACCUUUCUCGCUGCUGAGACUGUAAACGAGCAGGGAAUAUCUCGCAGUUUUUCUGCUGAUCGCAACGCCACCAUUGGUGUUGAGUUUGCUACAACCAUCAUUCGUCAUCCUAAUGGCAAGCGCAUUAAAGCUCAGAUUUGGGAUACUGCUGGUCAGGAACGUUAUCGCGCAAUUACCUCCUCUCACUACCGACGAGCAGCUGGCGCCCUUAUUGUUUUUGAUGUGACUAAGCGCGAAAGCUUCAACAAUGCGCAAGAGUACUGGCUUAAGGAGCUCAAAGCUGCUGCAAAUCCGAGCAGCACGCUUGCUAGUUGCAUCAUGUUCGUGGGAAACAAGGUGGAUUUAGAAUCAACCUCGAAUGUAAACUAUGUGGACCAGGAAUUGCAUGAAUCAACGGCUAGGAUGUUAGGACUUAUGCACCAGCGUGCAUCAGCCAAGACCUGUCAUAAUGUGUGUCGAGCUUUCAAGGAUCUUGUGAUAGCCAUAUACAACGCCGACAAAGAUAAAUUCUCGGAAAAGGACGUAACCAUUCAACUCAAACAAGAUUCAAAAUCGUCUCUUUUGAAGCCUACAACCGUAAACAAAUGUUGUUAG